AUGGGCAAGUACAGGCUCAAGGACCGGCUGUGGGAGCUCAACUGCGGCAUCCUCGGGCUGGUGCUGGCCCAGGGAGCAGCAUUCGUUAUCACCGGUGCAUUGAAGAAUGCAUGCGGUAAGCCUCGUCCGGACCUGAUCGACCGGUGCAAGCCCAGGACCUUCGAGCAGCCGGAGUUUGGCCUGUCGAACUAUACUAUCUGCACGCAGACAGACCACGAGAUCCUGAAAGACGGGUUUAGGUCAUUCCCAUCAGGUGCGUAUAAUUACCAGUCCCUCUGGAUAGAAGAGGGCCCCUUUUUACUCCGUACUAACUUUUCCUUUCUUGUUCUAGGACAUAGCAGCUCUUCGUUUGCUGGGCUAUUCUAUCUAUCACUCUACCUGGCUGGAAAACUGCAUGUCAUGGACAGCCGCGGAGAAGUCUGGAAAGCGUUCAUCGUCAUGGUACCUACACUCUCUGCAGGAUUAGUGGCCGUAUCUCGCAUUAUGGAUGCCCGGCAUCACCCAUUUGAUGUCAUCUCCGGGUCCCUGCUGGGCGUUGGUUGCGGCUGGGUUGCGUACCGGCAGUACUUCCCAUCUCUUGCAGAGCCCUGGAAAAAGGGCCGAGCUCAUCCAAUCCGCACCUGGGGAUCGAUUCCAGAGCCUCCAGUGUAUACCCACCGCCGGCUCCUCGAGUACGAGAAUGACCAGAUGAAACUGGUCCCUCGCGCGGAUGAAGAGUACCAGGCCGCUCAAGCUUCCCAGGAGCAGGCACAGGGACAUGAAGUCCCUGAAUCAGCUCCGGCGCUUAUGAGCAACCCCUUUGAACACCAAAAGGCUCAGAGACGCCGACGACUUGCUGAUACGGACUAUGGUGCGUCAAGCAGCGAGUCGGAGGGUUAUGAGAUGCAGCAGACGAGGUAUGAGCCUAGACACCACCAAGGUGUCGCCGAUACCAGUUCAGAUGCUGCGCCCAGAUACGCUGCCUACCAUCCUCCCGAUAACAGAGCUUCUUCCAACAGUCCACCUCUUGAGCGUCACCCUGCAUCCAUUGCCAAAUCAUAA